AUGGCCUCAAAAAAGGGGCCCUCUCUGGGAGGGGCCUCUAAGACCAAAACAAGGAGAGAGCGCAUCCUCGAAGCUGCAGCAGCAGCGCCGCAGCAGCAGCAGCGCCUUCCUGACUGGACUAGCAGGUAUAUUUUGGUACCAGACGAAGCAGAAGACAUCUCGAAAUCGGACGCGGUGCUGGAAUUGCUGCACCCUGCUGCUGCUGCAGCCUUCCGCAGACGCAUAGGCAACGUCUUAUUCCCGAUUCAAAUGGCGGUUAUUCCGCAUUUGCUGCGCUUGCUCGAGCUGCCUUUUGGUUCCUCCGAAGCCAGUGACGUCUGCGUACACGCAGCAACAGGCGAGGGGAAGACUCUUUGUUACGCGCUGCCCCUUGUGAGCCACCUCUUCAGCUCUCGCGUGCCCCUCUUACGCUGCGUGGUAUUGACGCCGACAAGGGAGUUAGCCGUGCAGGUCACUGGUGUUUUUAAUGUGCUCAUGGAUUCGAGGAAGCAGGGGAGCGAGCAAGGACGGAUCUCCUUCGCUGGAGCGGAGGGGGCAUCGCGAGUUUUGCGGGUCGUCUGCCUCGCAGGAGAGACGACAGCCGCGUCCAAGAGGCAGAAAGCAACUGCAGCAACAGGAGCCGCUGCUGCCGCCUUGGGAGACGCAGAAGCAGCAGCUGCUGCUCCUGCAGACAUCCUUGUCUGUACGCCUGGGAGGUUUGUGGAUAUCGCGCAUGUCUACAUUCAUCACAAGAAGAAGGGCACGCAAGGACUAGGUCCUUCUUUCGAAGCGCUGCGGUGGCUUGUCGUGGAUGAAGCGGAUAGACUCCUGAAGCAGUCGUUUCAUGGAUGGCUCGAGGUAUCUCGUCUUAUCGCUGCCCUGCGGGAGGGCCCCCAAAAAGAGGCCUUCAUGGGUAUUGGCUGUACGAGGGCCCCUUCCGUCGGGGGGAGCUUCCAGGGGCAGUGGAACGACGUCAACGGGUUGCUGCACGUGCCACCUGUCAGGAAAAUUCUUUUCUCUGCGACCAUGACACGGAACCCAAGGGCCCUACACGACCUCCAGCUCUACAGACCCCUUUUCUUCUUUUGCUCUCCAACAGGGAAGGCCCAGAUGCCUUCUCUCUUGCAGCAGAAGUUUGUGCUGUGCAAGCCUGAGCGCAAACCCCUGGUCCUCAUGGCACUGCUCUACCAGCUUGCCAACGCGGCAGCAGCAGAUCAAGGUGAUCUCGAGCCAGUAGAGGUAGAAGGAGUCGAGGACGGGGGAUCUACGGGGGUGCCUCCUAGGGGGGCUGAUAGGUCUCGGAAGAGGGGCCUCUUACGUGUAGUGGUAUUCUGUGGAUCGCGGCAGGCAGCGCAUCGGCUGACGCGGCUUCUGCAGCUUCACUUCCAGUCACGAGAGCGGUGA